CUAACCAACCCCGGAACAGUCAUUUCCCUGCAGAAUAAUUGGCUUAGGGAAGAAAAGACAGAAAACAAAACAAGUUCAUCAUGUGCAGAUUGCUCUGGCUACACCCCUUCUCAGAAACCAGCCUGGGUAAGAACUGCUGGGAGUAAGCAUUCAUUUAAAGAAUAUAUGAAGAAGUGGCAAUAAAGAAAUUUUAAUUGUUGCCUUAGACACAAAGACGUGUGCUUUGACAGUGUUUCCAGCGUGCUUUUUUUCUCAUUAUCCUGACAAAUCAAGUUUCAAGUCCUUUGAGUCUGGAUCGUUAUCUGAUGGCCUAACUCUUUUGAUGAAAGUUGUUCAAUUCAAUCUGGAAGGCUAAAUGCAUAUGAAACAGAAAAGUGUGUACCAGCAAACUCAAGCACUUCUGUGCAAGAAUCUUCUUAAGAAAUGGAGGAUGAAAAGACAGAGCUUAUUGGAAUGGGGGUUCCCAAUACUUUUAGGAUUUUAUAUGGGCAUAUUUUCAUAUUUAAAAGAAAAUGUGCAUUUUCCUGAAAUGCCCCCUCAGGAUCUGGGAAGGGUAGAUAAAUUUAAUAGCUCUUCUAUGGAUGUUGUGUACACACCGAUCUCCAACAUAACCCAGCAGAUAAUGAAUAAGACGGCAUGUGCUCCCUUUUUGAAAGGAAGAAGAGUCAUCGGGGCACCAGAUCAAAAAUAUAUGGAUAAAAUACUUCUAGACAAUUUCCCAUACACCGUGGGAGUCAUCUUUAAUGACACUUUUUCUUAUAAGUUAAAAUUUUAUCAGGGAUAUUAUAUUCCGAUUUUGAAGGAAGAUCUUUUCACAGCUCAUUGUUGGGGUGCAGAUAAUGAGUUUUCCUGUUCACUGGCUAAAUACUGGAGUAGAGGAUUCGUGACUUUACAAACUGCCAUUAAUGCUGCUAUUAUACAAAUCACGACGAAUCACUAUGUGAUGGAGGAGUUGAUGUCAGUUACUGCUAUAAAUAUGAAGACAUUACCCUUUAUUUUUAAAGAGAACCUUCAAAAUGAGAUGUUCAUUUUUUACUGCUUGCUUUACUUCUCCCCAUUUAUAUAUUUUUUAUCACUCAAUGUUACAAAAGAGAGAAAAAAGUAUAAGGAUUUGAUGAAAAUGAUGGGUCUACAAGAUUCAGCGUUCUGGCUCUCCUGGGGUUUAAUCUAUGCUGGUUUCAUCUUCAUUACUUCUAUAAUCAUUACAAUUAUCAUAAUAUCUACCCAAAUUAUCAUCAUGACGGGCUUCAUGGUUAUAUUUACCCUCUUUUUCUUAUAUGGCUUAUCUUUGAUAGCUUUGGCAUUCCUGAUGACUGUGCUGUUAAAGAAAACUAUCCUCACCAGUUUGCUUGUGUUUGUCCUCACUCUCUUUUGGGGGGGUGUGGGAUUCACUGCAUUUUAUAGACAACUUCCGUCACCUUUGGAAUGGAUUUUCAGUAUUUGUAGCCCCUUUGCCUUCACUGCUGGAAUUAACCAGAUUAUCCACCUGGAUUAUAAUAUGAAUGGUGUAAUUUUUCCUGACACUUCAGGGGACUCAUAUGUAAUGAUAGCAACUUUUUCCAUAUUGGCUUUUGAUGCUCUUUUGUACUUGGUGUUGGCGUUAUACUUUGACAAAAUCUUGCCCUAUGGAAAUGAGCACCGUUACUCUCCAUUAUUUUUCCUGAACUCAUCAUCUUGUUUCCAACACCAAAGGACUGAUAGUAAGGUCAUUCAGAAAGAAGUAGAUCCUGAGUUCCCCUCUGAUGAUUAUUUUGAACCAGUAGCUCCAGAAUUCCAAGGAAAAGAAGCCAUCAGAAUCAGAAAUGUUAAAAAAGAAUAUAAAGAAAAAACUGGAAAAGUGGAAGUAUUGAAAGGCUUGUUCUUUGACAUAUACGAAGGUCAAAUCACAGCAAUUCUGGGUCACAGUGGAGCUGGCAAAUCUUCCUUGCUAAACAUCCUUAAUGGAUUGUCUGUUCCAACAGAAGGAUCAGUUACCAUCUAUAAUAAAAAUCUCUCUGAAAUGCAAGACUUGGAGGAAAUCCAAAAGAUAACUGGUGUUUGUCCUCAAUUCAAUGUUCAGUUUGACAUGCUCACUGUGAAGGAAAACCUCAGGCUGUUUGCUAAAAUAAAAGGGAUUCCGCCACAGGAAGUGGAACAAGAGGUACAAAGAAUUUUAUUGGAGUUGGACAUACAGAACAUUCAGAAUAAUAUUGCUACACAUUUAAGUGAAGGUCAGAAAAGAAAGCUGACCAUUGGGAUUGCCAUUUUAGGAGACCCUCAAGUUUUGCUAUUAGAUGAGCCAACUGUGGGAUUGGAUCCCUUCUCAAGGCAUCGAGUGUGGAGCUUCCUCAAGGAGCACAAAGCAGACCGCGUGAUCCUCUUGAGUACCAACUUCAUGGAUGAAGCUGACAUCCUGGCUGAUAGAAAAGUGAUCCUGUCCAGCGGGAGGAUGAAGUGUGCGGGUUCCUCUGUCUUUCUGAAGAGAAGAUGGGGUCUUGGGUAUCACUUAAGUUUGUACAGAAAUGAAACAUGUGAUCCAGAAAAAAUAACAUCCCUCAUUAAUCAUCACAUCCCUGAUGCCAAACUGAAAACAGAAAGCAAAGAAAAGCUUGUGUAUACUUUGCCUGUGGAAAGGACGAAUAAAUUUCCAGACCUUUUCAGUGAUCUCGAUAAGAGUUCUGGCCUGGGCGUGAUGGGCUAUGACGUUUCCACGUCAACUCUGAAUGAAGUCUUCAUGAAACUGGAAGGAACAUCAACUGCUGAGCAAGAGAUGAUGGGGGACACAGGACGCCUACCUGAAAUGGAUCCACCUUGCUCUUCUCUCCCUGAGAUGCAGCCGGCUGUGAGUGCCAUGGGCCUCUGGAGACUGCAGGUCUGUGCAAUGGCACGGCUCCGUUUCUUAAAGUUAAAGCAUGGGAAGAAAGCGUUUUUGACCCUGUUAUUUGUAUUUGGAAUUGCAAUGUUCCCUCUGAUUGUGGAAAGCAUACUCUAUGCUGUAUUGAAUCAAAAGACUGAUUGGGACUUUAAACCCGAACUGUAUUUCCUCUCUCCUGGACAACUUCCCCAAGACCCUCGUACCAGCUUACUGAUCAUCAACAACACAGAAUCAAAUAUUGAAGAUUUUAUACAGUCACUGAAGCACCAAAAUAUACUUUUGGAAGUAGAUGACUUUGAAAAUAGAAAUGGUACUGAUGACCCAUCUUACAAUGGAGCUAUCAUAGUUUCUGGUAAAAAAAGGGAUUAUAGAUUUUCAGUUGUAUGCAAUACCAAGAGACUGCACUGUUUUCCUACUCUUAUGAAUAUUGUCAGCAAUGGGUUACUUCAAAUGCUUAAUCAUACACAGUAUAUUCGAACCGAGAGAAGCUCAUUUCCUUUUAAUUAUGCACUGUUCUGGACUGGGUUGCCAGAAGGGUCCUUUUUCUUAUUUUUCGUCGUGUGCAGCAUUUCUCCUUACAUCGCCAUGAAUAGUGUCAGCGAUUACAAAAAGAGAACUAAGUCCCAGCUGUGGAUUUCAGGACUCUUCCCUUCUGCUUACUGGUGUGGUCAGGCCCUGGUGGACGUUAACCUCUACAAUUUCAUUCUCCUUUCAAUGUAUUCAGUUUUCUACGCGGCAAACAUGGUGCACAUUCAUCUCACAAGUCGAGCUGUGCUUGCUUUGGCUGUCAUUACGCUUGGUUACGCAGUUUCUCUUGUCUUCCUGACAUACGUGAUAUCAUUUAUUUUUCGGAAGAGGAGAAAAAAUAGUGGCCUUUGGUCAUUUUGCUUCUAUAUGACUGCAGUCAUCACGUUUGGCAUCAUUAUAAUAAAUCAAUUCGACUUCCGUGUCUUGAUGGUUUGCAUGGUAUUAGUUCCCUCAAUGACCUUGGGUGGAUUUAUAGGUUUUUUGGAAGAGAGAGCCCACAAAUACCAAAUAAAAUAUCAAGACCCAAACUAUGACCUGAAUGCAACUGAUCUUCUAGUAUGCCUAAUACCUUACUUUCAGGCUUUGCUUUUCAUUUUUGUUCUACGAUGCUUGGAAAUAAAGUGUGGAAAGAAAAUAAUGCAAAAGGAUCCUGUUUUCAGAAUUUCCCCUAAAAGUAGAGAUGGUCGUCCAAAUCCAGAAGAACCUGUAGAUGAAGAUGAAGACGUUCAGGCAGAAAGAAUAAGAACGGCAACUGCCCUAACCAUUUCCACAGAGGAGAAACCAGUCAUAAUUGCUAGCUGUCUACACAAAGAAUAUGCAGGCCAGAAGAAAAGGUGCUUUUCAAGGAGGAAGAAGAAAAUAGCAGCAAGAAAUGUCUCCUUCUGUGUUAAAAAAGGUGAAAUUUUGGGAUUGCUAGGACCUAAUGGCGCUGGUAAAAGCUCAUCUAUUAGAAUGAUAUCUGGGGUCAUGAAGCCAACAGCUGGAGAGGUGGAACUGACCGGAUACGGUUCGGUUCUGGGUCAUCAGGGGGACGGCAGCGUCCGGUCCCUGGGGUACUGUCCCCAGGAGAACGUGCUGUGGCCCAUCCUGACAGCGCGCGAACAUCUGGAGGUGUUCGCCGCGGUGAAAGGGCUGCGUAAAGCGGACGCCAGCGUUGCCAUUUCACGAUUGGUGGACGCCUUCAAACUGCACGAACAGCUGAAUGUUCCAGUGCAGAAAUUAACAGCAGGAGCUACUAGAAAGUUGUGUUUUGUGCUGAGUAUCCUGGGAGAUCCGCCUGUCCUGCUUCUGGAUGAACCGUCUACAGGCUUGGAUCCAACAGAGCAGCAGCACAUGUGGCAGACGAUCCAGACAGCCAUUAAGAACACGGAGAGGGGCGCCCUCCUGACCACCCACUACCUGGCCGAGGCCGAGGCCGUGUGCGACCGUGUGGCCGUGAUGGUGUCCGGAAGGCUGAGAUGCAUCGGUUCCAUCCAACACCUGAAAAACAACCUUGGCAAGGAGUACAUUCUCGAACUAACAGUGAAGGAAACUUCUCAAGUGCCAUUGGUCCACACCGAGGUUCUGAAGCUUUUCCCGCACGCUGCACAGCAGGAGAGGUAUUCCUCCUUCUUGGCCUAUAAACUGCCCACGGAGGAUGUUCGCCCUCUGUCUCAGGCCUUUCACAAAUUAGAAGCAGUGAAACAUAACUUUAACCUGGAAGAAUACAACCUCUCUCAGUGCACCUUGGAAAAGGUGUCCUUAGAGCUUUCUAAGGAGCAGGAGCUGGGAAAUUUUGAUGAAGAGGUUGAUACAACCAUGAGAUGGAAACUCCUUCCUCAUUCAGAAGACCCUUGAAACCUCAGACCUAAUCAUUCUUUGUUGAUGUCUUAUAAGCUUAUGUCAUAUGUAAUAAUUAGCAGUGUAUAUAAUUUAAAAAUUAUUAACAUCAAUAUUAGGUAUAUUUAGUCAAUAAAUGAAUAAAUUUAAAAAAUUAUUCUUCCCUUUAACUUUUGGAGUGGUAGAAGAUCUAUAAUAAAGGCAAUACAAAGUAUUAGUAGAGAUACCUGAAGAGCCGUGCAUAGGGUGUUGUGAAAAUAAAGCCACACAUUUGGAAUUUUUUGAAAUAUGACUUUUUUAGAAGUAUGAUGACUUUCUAAAAUUCCCUUGCUGACAAAGGUGAGGGACGUAUUCAACAGCUAGAAACUGCAUGAUUGUUGCAGACCAGUUUGUGAUACAUUGGGUGUAUGAGUUUGCUUUAAUACACAGGUACAACCCAGGGUCUUCCUCUGAAAUCUCUUCAGAAAUUGUUUUAAAAGUCACAGGAUUAGGAGUUCCUUGUAUUCACAAAUGAACAAGCAUGUGCUUUCGAAAAGUAGUUCAAAUAUACCUUUUGAAAACAAUGAGAAUCACAGCAGUAUUUGUUCAGAUUUUCAAAAAUUUGAGUAUGUUCUUAUGAUUGUGGGGGGCACUGAUUUCCUGUAUCACCUGAUCAGUAGUUUUCUGUGUAUUUACUGCUAUUUUAAGAAGAUAUAUGCACACAUGUGCGCAUAUCUUCUGUAUUACUCAAAGUCUGUGCUAGCUUUACAUAUUAUUUUAUUUUUUCCCUUAAACAAUAGCUAUUUCAUUUUGAAUAUCAUCAGAAAAUUUUUUGAAGACAAAGCAGUAUUCUUGCUGCUUUCUGAGGGUGAUACGUUGCAUAACUUUUUAAAAAGUUGUUAUGCUCAUAGAAGAAAAUGUGUAUAAUAGAGGAAAAUAUAGAAAUUGAAUGUACUGAAUAAAAGAGUCACUACCAUUUCUCCAUACCCCCCAAUCAACUAUUUCCUUUUUUCUUUAGUGCAUUUUUUACAUGGUUAGAAUCAUGAUAGUACAUAUAAUUUCCUGAUUAAAUACAUAUGCAUAUUUGCUGAUAUAACAUUGAAAUUGUUUUAAUUUACUUUUAAACUUAUGGUGAGGUUGCAGCUUUAUAUGUUUGCAUUUUAUUUUGUGUUAUUUGUAUUCUUUGUUCAUUUAUGAUUGUACUUUCAUCUUUUUCUUAUCCAUUUUAUAAACUUUUUACAUGGUUAAAUAUUUUAUCUGUGUAUUUUACAUAUAUCAUAAUUAUAUCUGGAACAUUAUAUUUCCAAAUCUAUGAUAAAUGACUUAUAGUUUACUGUUUAUUCAGGAGCCCUUAGUACCCUACAAAAGUAAAUCCAUAUCACAAUGAGAGCUGAUUUUAAAUUAUUUCUAAACUCAAGCAAUAAAUAAUCCUGUCUUGCUCAGCUGUGUAACAUGACAACAUAUACAAUCAUUUUACAUAACAGUAUGAUGAUAUCUUUACUUACACUCUUUAUAAAUGAUAUAUUUUCUUAACUGUUAUAGAAAUAUGUUUACAAAGUACUGAAUAACCAAUAUCAGAUGUAGUACUAUGGAUAUUUUAAAAGAUUAAUCUGGAUGUAGUUUGCUAAAACCAUCAUAAUACAGUUGUUUUUGAAGAUAUUAACUUUUGUUUUUAUUAGGAUUGUGUUGAAGAGCAGGUGAUUGGGUUCCAAAAGAGAAGGUCAUUAGAACAAAACAAAGGAAGGGAUUUUUUUUUAAAAAAGGAUAGAGAGUUUGUACCAUCUCUAAUUUUAUUGUGGACAGGUCUUGUACUGGGUUUGUUCUCUGUUUUCCUAACAUCCCCUUGCAGGGGAAGCUGACUUCCCCUUCUUUGCCUCACAGUUCCCUUCUUUGCCUCACAGUUCCCUUCUUUGAUGGGUGGCUUCCAGUUGGGUUUGACCAACCCAACAGAAAGUAGCAGCAAGAGACGGGAAGAGAAAGGUCAGAGGGUCUCUCUCCUCCUCCCGCUGCUGUAGUUUCAGAUCUCAAGCAGUAGAUGCAUCUUUCCAGGCCUAUAAUCUUUGUCCCCCUCCGGUUACACCCACUUGCUUCUGCCUCCCCCCUCCCCGUAGUGUUGACCCCAGGACCCCUCUCUCACCUAGUCCACACUCAGCCACCAGCAAUUCAUCAAAAUCCCCAUUUAAGUGUUU